AUGUCCGAUAGGGAUUUCCCUCUUACUAACUCACCGGGAUGUGAUGUCCCACUCAAUGGUGACGACAUAAAUGAAAAUAGUUCUUCUUCAUCUUCUUCUGUUGCUGUUGCUGUUGCUGUUGCUCUUAUUGAUCCGCCUGCACGUGUGGAGCGGCGGGGUCCUCCUGUGGCGGCUCCAGCUCCUCAACGCCUCUCGUCGCCCGACCGCCUGCGGGCCCGCACGUACAAACUACACAUGGAGCUGCAGGCACUCGCCAACCGCCACAACCGCCGACACGAGCGACUGCGAAGUAUUCGCGCCCCCCCGUCCAUCGUACAGGAGCGAUCAGCGUCAAGUGUCGGUGCCGCCCGCCAAGUGCCGCAGCCGAAGCCAACCGCCGCCUCGCAGUUGCAGUUACCAAACCUCCGCCGUUGCUUUGAAGAGGCACGCACGAGAUACCUUAUGGAGACACAGCGAAAGAAAAAGACAAUGCCACCUCUAUACGCAUCACAUAUACCACGUGACGAUGAGGCAGCUCGCAGAAAACAGCAGAGAGACAUCAUGAAGGACCCUGAUUCCUUUGGUCUUCGUUUUUUCAGUCCGUCUAGCCUCCCGGGCGCCACGAAAGAUAGUAGACACAUGUAA